AUGGAGCGUCGAUUGGUUCAUAUGCGAAGCGUCAGUUUGUGCAAUAACAAAGGAAACCUCCUCCGAUGCGACCAUGGACACAGAUGUCACGAACACAACGGCGUCCCUGGUUGUUAUAGUUUGUGUCAACCUACACCUUAUGGCAUAUGGACUCCUGAGAGUUGUAAUGAAGGAACUUGUUCUUUAAGUGACGCCACUGACCCCUCUGCAAAUGCAACUACUAUUUGCAAGUGCAAUGAUGGUUUCUUCCUACAAGGUGGCGAGUGCAAGUCACAUGCUCAGACAGUUGCUAUUGUUGCUGGCUGUUUAGGUUCCUCCGUUCUGAUAUUAAUCAUCAUUGUAAUUGUUUGCACUGUCAAGCAAAGGUCGACACCGGUGCCAAAAGCUUCUGAAAAUAUCGAAAUGAUGCCAAACAAUGAAGCAAACAAUGGGAAACACGACAAAGAGGUCUCUUUGUGCUUUGACAACAAGGCACUCUCUCAUGAAGAACAUAGGAUAAAUGAUGAAAUGAAAACGAAAUACAAACUUAGUGACAGUCUCAGAGUCAGACUUGAGAAAGAACACGGGAACUUCUUCCCGCCCCCGUUCAUGGACGGUGAUGAAAGAAACUAA